GGACAAAUGGAUCAGGAAUGGGGCAGCCAGAGUCAUUUGGAGUUGCCAUGGACAGAGGGUCCAUAGAAGAACUCCAUGGAGGGUGAGAUGGGUCCUGAUGAUCUGAGAUGGGACCACCAGCUGGUCCCAGGCCAAUGGUGGAACCUCACCUUCCCCUCCUCUCCUCUCCCCAGCCCCACCCCCGGCACCUGACAUGAGCCCUUACGGGCCCCUCAACCUGAGCCUGGCGGGUGAGGCGACCACGUGUACAGCACCUGGGGCCUCCAACGCCUCCGCCGGACCGCUGUCGGACCUGGCGGGCGCGUCGCCCGCGCUGCCCAUCUUCUCCAUGACGCUGGGCGCCGUGUCCAACGUGCUGGCGCUGGCACUGCUGGCGCAGGUCGCGGGCCGUCUGCGGCGCCGCCGCUCGGCAGCCACCUUCCUGCUGUUCGUCGCCAGCCUGCUGGCCACCGACCUGGUGGGCCACGUGAUCCCGGGUGCGCUGGUGCUGCACCUGUACGCGGCGGGGCGCUCGCCGGCCGGCGGCGCCUGCCACUUCCUGGGCGGAUGCAUGGUCUUUUUCGGCCUGUGCCCGCUGUUGCUGGGCUGCGGCAUGGCCGUGGAGCGCUGCGUGGGCGUCACGCGGCCGCUGCUGCACGCAGCCGGCGUCUCGCUGGCCCGAGCGCGGUUGGCUUUGGCCGCGCUGGCCGCUCUGGCCUUGGCCGUGGCGCUGCUGCCAUUGGCGCGCGUGGGCCGCUACGAGCUGCAGUACCCGGGUACGUGGUGCUUCAUCGGUCUGGGCCCGGCGGGAGGCUGGCGCCAGUCGUUGCUCGCCGGCCUUUUCGCCGGCCUCGGCUUGGCCUCGCUGCUCGCCGCGCUCGUGUGCAACACACUCAGCGGCCUUGCCCUGCUGCGCGCCCGCUGGUGCCGCCGCUCUCGACGGCACUUCCCGGCUGGAGGCCCCGACAGCCGCCGUCACUGGGGAGGGCACGGACCCCGCCCGGCCUCCGCCUCGUCCGCCUCGUCCGCCUCGUCCGUCGCUUCGGCCUCCGCCGCCCCCGGCGGCUCCCUGGGCCGCGGCUCAGCGCGGCGAGCCCGUGCCCACGAUGUGGAGAUGGUGGGCCAGCUCGUAGGCAUCAUGGUGGUGUCGUGCAUCUGCUGGAGCCCCCUGCUGGUGUUGGUGGUGCUGGCCAUCGCGGGCUGGGGCUCCAGCUCCCUGCAGCAGCCACUGUUUUUGGCCGUGCGCCUCGCCUCGUGGAACCAGAUUCUGGACCCCUGGGUGUACAUCUUGCUGCGCCGGGCUGUGCUUCGCCAACUGCUGUGCCUCCUGCCUUCAAGGGCAGGUGCCAAGGGCAGCCCCAGGGGGCUGGGCCUAAUGAGGAGCGCUUGGGAGGGCAACUCGCUGCGCAGCUCCCGGCACAGUGGCCUCAGUCACUUCUAGGCGCGCCCGGCGGCUAAGCCAGACCACCCGGGGCCGGCCUCUGGUCCGCA